AUGGAGGAUGGAUCGCUCAGGUCGUACGGUCUGGUCUUGUCAAAAAUCAAGACGACUGAUCAGCUCUUUAGGCACGGUCACGGCAUUGCCCGAGCCACGCGUCCCCGGACAGAAGAACAGCGCCAAGCCGAUAUCGACAAGAUUGCCCGCUACCGAACUCUCGAGGACGACAUUCGCAACAGAGUGUCCCGUCAGGACUACGACCACGACACCUUCGGCCUCACGUCCAAGCUCCUCCGCCAGAACCCCGAGUACUACACAGUGUGGAACAUUCGCAGACAAUGUUUGACCUCCGGCAGCUCGUCCAAACCUUGGGCUAUGUCCUCGCUCUCGAAGGGGUCCUCGACUUUCUCAGUGACAGGCACCUCACAUCGAGCUUCCGCCAGCUCGUCACCGCCCUUCUCGACCGAGACCCCGCCGUCCCACGACUCCCCGACGACUGGGACGAGUGGUACAACAGCUGAAGCAACAGAGGACCGACAGAUGAGAGAUCUUGAGAUUAUUAAGUCGGAGCUUGUCUUCACAGUGCCGCUGCUGAUGGAGUUCCCCAAAUGCUACUGGAUCUGGAACUACCGACUCUGGACGCUGGGCCAGGCCAUUGUGCGCCUGCCCACGCACGUGGCGCGCAAAGUCUGGGAUGAAGAGCUGGGUCUGGUGGGCAAAAUGCUACACAGAGACCGACGGAACUUUCACGCAUGGGGUUACCGACGAUAUGUGGUCGAUCAGCUCGAGAGCGCUGCACUGGCCGGUCAAAGCAUGACAGAGUCGGAAUUCGAGUACACCACCAAGAUGAUCCGUAUGGAUCUUUCCAAUUUCUCUGCCUGGCACUACCGCAGCCAGCUCAUCCCACAACUCCUCAGGGAGAGGGGCGCUGACGACCAAGCAAGGCAAAAGUUCCUGGACGAUGAGCUUGCCUUGAUCCGGGAUGGACUGAAUGUUGGCCCCGAGGACCAGUCUCUCUGGUUCUAUCACCAAUUCCUCGCGUCCAACAUCAUCGACGACGCCUGCUCACAAACAAUAGCGCCAGCCUUGUCCCUCGACCAGCGCCGCUCCUACAUUGAGCGCGAGAUAGAUGAGAUGAAAGACCUCCUCGAAGACUACACAGACGUGAAAUGGAUCUACGAGGCACUGAUACAGUACACGCAGUCGCUCGGCCGUCUUGGACAGCAGGCUAGGCCCACUGAGCUGAAUGGUUGGCUGGCGCAACUGAAAUCACUUGAUCCGCAACGCACGGGUCGGUGGAACGACUUGGAGGCGCAAUUGCACGCUGCGUGA